UUUAAGGGUCAAUGAUGAGUUCUGAAAACUACACCUACCAAAGGGCCACGGGGUUCGGAGUAGUUUCUCGUUUCGGUGGAGUUGACCUUCUCGGUUACUUCUGAAGGUUCAACUUGGCUGGCCAUCAAGUCCGGCUCUGCCCAGGUCGUUGUUUGUUUCAACUGGUGAUAAAAAUGGGGGUGAACCAGUCCAUGGGCUUCCCGCCUGUCACAGGACCCCACCUCGUGGGCUGCGGGGAUGUGAUGGAGGGACAGGGUCGCCAGGGAAGCUUCUUUCGACUCUUCUACCCCUGCCAAGAGGCAGAAGAGACCCCGGAGCAGCCGCUUUGGAUUCCCCGCUAUGAGUACUGCAUGGGCCUGGCCAAUUACGUGCGCUUUAACAAGCGCUGGGGGGGGUUGCUGUUCAGCUUGGCUUUGGGAUCUUGUCGCCUGCCUGUUAGCUGGAAUGGCCCCUUUAAGACAAAGGACUCCGGAUACCCUCUGAUCAUCUUCUCCCAUGGCAUGGGAGCCUUCAGGACGCUGUAUUCAGCCUUCUGCAUGGAGUUGGCCUCCCACGGCUUUGUGGUUGCUGUCCCAGAGCACAGGGAUGGGUCUGCCGCGACCACCUGUUUCUGCAAGCAGGCCCCGGGGGAGAACCGGCAAACUCCCGAGCCGCUGGAGGAAGAAUGGAUCCCUUACCGUCAGAUUGAGGAAGGGGAGAAGGAGUUCCAUGUCCGGAAUUGCCAGGUGCAUCAGAGGGUGAACGAGUGUACCCGGGUGUUGAGGAUCCUGCAAGAGGUCACUGCUGGGCAGAUCGUCCUCAAUAUCUUGCCCGACGGGCUGGAUCUGAUGACCUUGAAGGGCAGCAUCAACAUGAGCCGCGUGGCUGUGAUGGGACAUUCAUUUGGCGGGGCCACAGCUGUCUUGGCUUUGGCCAAGGAGACCCAGUUUCGGUGUGCUGUGGCUCUGGACGCUUGGAUGUUUCCUCUGGAACAUGGCUUUUACCCCAAAGCCCGAGGCCCUGUGUUCUUUAUCAAUGCUGAGGAAUUCCAGACAGUGGGAAGUGUCAACUUGAUGAAGAAGAUAUGUGCCCAGCACAAACAGUCCAGGAUCAUAACUGUCCUUGGUUCUGUUCAUCGGAGUCAAACCGACUUUGCUUUUGUGUCUGGUAACUGGAUCGGUAAAUUCUUCUCCAUGCAAACUCAUGGGAGCUUGGACCCAUAUGAAGGUCAGGAGGUUAUGGUGAGGGCCAUGUUGGCCUUCCUACAGAAGCACCUAGACCUACAAGAGGACUAUGACCAGUGGAACAGCCUCAUUGAAGGCAUUGGACCAUCACUCACCCCAGGGGCCCCACACCAUCUGUCUAGCCUGUAGGCACAACCGGCCAUUUGUGAAAGGUCACUGAGCUGAGUUCCCAUUUGGGGCCUGCCCAGGGACACGUAGCCUCCUAUCAAGAAGUGGUUGAUGUGACCCUCACAGAUUAAGAGGAUGUAAUUACGCUGCUGAUUGGAUAACUGGGUACUUUGAUCUUGGACUUGCUGAUCUUAAACUCACGCUGGGACUUGGAUCACUUACUGACUUUCUGGGAACUGAACCCUG